GUUUUGUUAAAGUACGCAGGCUCAUAAGCUGUGGGAUCCGUCACAGUUUUCAAGAUGUUGUACGACCUCUGCAUCCCAUGGACCAACGAUACCCAAUCCCUCCAGCGGGUCCUCUCAUUUCUCUCUGAGGUCAAUUACUCCGUCAUAGCCCUGGACCACCGCAUCACAGGCGCGAUCCCCUCAAAGAUAGUCUCACCAAUUCCCUCCCCACUCCCCUUCACCACGCCACCGAACCUCGAAAUUCUCACUCGCUGCACAAUCACCCUCUCCGACCCUUCGCACAACCACCGCCUCCCCUCCCUAGCUCAAGCCUACGACAUCCUCGCCGUGCGCCCCACAACCGAAAAAGCCUUCCUUGCCGCCUGCCUAACUCUCACCGAUGCCUCACUCAUUAGCCUCGACCUCACACAGCGCUUCCCGUUCCACUUCCGCCCGAAGCCGUUGAUGACCGCGGUGAAGCGCGGCGUGAGGAUCGAACUAUGCUAUAGCCAGGCGCUGCAGGGAGGGAGUGUCGAUAGGAGAAAUGUCAUUAUGAAUAUCCAGAGCAUUGUGCGCGCGACGUCAGGGCGGGGGUUGGUGGUGAGCAGCGAGGCGCGAAGCGUGCUGGGCGUGCGUGCGCCGGCUGAUGUGGGAAAUUUGUUGGCGGUGUGGGGGCUGAGCGGAGAACGGGCAGUGGAGGCGCAGACGAUAAACCCGAGAUCUGUUGUGGUGAAUGAGACGAUCAAGAGGACGGGGUUUAGAGGUGUGGUUGAUGUUGUGGAUGGAGGGCGCAAGCCAGAGAGUGAGAAGGCAAGCAGCAAGGAAGCAGCGAAUGGUCAAGUUAAUGGGAAGAGGAAGAAUGAGCAAGCGGAGGAGGCUGUGCCGACGAUGAGCAAGAGAAAGGUGAAGAAGUUGAAGAUGGAAGCCUUGAAGGCGAGCAAAGAGGCGACUCCCGGACCAGCAACACCGUCAAAGGACAGCGUUACCUCAUGA